UUCGCCUCCUGCAAAACCCUUCCGGUGGAGUUUCAGCAACAUGGGAAGGGAGCAGCCGUCUCAAUCUCAAAUGGCAUACACUGUGGAGCAACUCGUAGCCGUCAAUCCAUACAAUCCUGACAUUCUCCCUGAUCUCGAAAAUUAUGUGAACGAACAGGUUUCAUUGCAGACAUACAGCUUAGAUGCAAACCUUUGUCUUCUUCGCCUCUAUCAGUUUGAGCCAGAGAGGAUGAGCACCCAGAUUGUUGCCCACAUCUUGAUCAAGGCUCUUAUGGCAAUGCCUGCCCCAGAUUUCAGCCUAUGUCUCUUCUUGAUUCCAGAAAGAGUGCAAAUGGAUGAACAGUUCAAGACUCUUAUAGUUCUCUCGCACUAUCUGGAGACUGCAAAGUUUCGUCAGUUUUGGGAUGAAGCAGCUAAAAGCCGCCAUAUUUUAGAAGUUGUGCCAGGAUUUGAGCAAGCAAUACAAGAAUAUGCAGUGCAUGUCCUGUCCCUGACAUACCAAAAGGUACCGAGGUCUGUCAUUGCUGAGGCAAUUAACAUGGAGGGUCUGUCUUUGGAUAAAUUUGUUGAGCAUCAUGUAGCAAAUAGUGGUUGGGUCGUGGAGAAGGCCCAAGGCAAAGGGCAACUUGUGUCACUUCCUCGGAAUGAGUUUAAUCAUCCUGAGCUGAGGAGAAGUAAUGCAGACAUCAUUCCGUUGGAUCACAUAACUCGUAUCUUCCCAGUGCUUGGUUGAUUUGUCAUAUCAAUCUCUCUUUUUGAUGCUUCAUUAAAAUGGAUUGGAGUGAAGCUCUUUUCUGAAAUGUUAUUAAGUUGAUUUCUUAAACCUUGAGCCCAGCGGAAUGUAGCUGGAUAUAUGCUUUUGCAAAGAAGAUAUUAUUCUGUAUUAUUGAUGUGUUGCAGGUAAUCAGAACCAGGUUGUACACAAGGCAAAAAAGUAUUUCUGUUUGCUUAUA